GAUGCUUUCCGGUUCAUUUUUCCUCUCUCUUUUUCUUCAAUUCAAAUAGGGACAUGUGAAUUCCAGUGCAUUUGUGGUGCGUUCCAUUGCAUUCUAGUGCGUUCCAGUACAGUUCUGUGCAGGAAAAAUGCAGCAUGUUCUACUUUUUUUUCUGCAACCAGAAUGCACUGGAACUGCAAGCUCUGAUGUGAACUAUGACAUUGACAACCAUAUCACCUACUUUCUGUGAGUUUUGGAUGCAGAAAAAAAAGUAUACUUAAAUGCAUGUAGUGGGAAAUGGCCCUAAA